AUGGCUGAACCUAUAGGAAACUUACAAGAUUGUUCGUCCAGCUACGGUAAUACUGGCUUCAAAAGGGGGCCUUCGCAAGAAAAUGAACAAGAUAAGCAUUUUUCUAAUGGAGAGGACCUUUCUGUUGGGGAGACAAACAAAAUCAGACUAUCAUUGGGACUCAAACCUAUCCCAUUAGGUGAUAAGAUUAUCAAACAGGAAAAAAAGGAGAAUGAUUUUAUUGACGUGUCAAAACUAGACAGGUUAAAAAGGAAAUUAGGUAACUUAAAAUCAUCUUUCAAUCUGAUCUCAGAUAAUCCGGAUUCCUCAUUAAAAGAUGAUGAUGACUUUCAGAAAAACUGGCUGCAAGAUAUUGGCACUAAGAAGAAGGCACACGUUCAGUUAAGGUACGAUGAGACGAAAAAUGAAGAUGAUGACCUAACAGAGGUGCAGCUUUCUAAUUCGAUUGGAACCAUUUUACCGGGGAAAGAAAUGGUGCUGACCUUGAAGGACAGUAGUAUAUUUGAAACUGAGGAUGAAGGUGCACCAAUAGAUGUUUUAGAAAAUGAAAAUGUGAUGCAUGAACAGCGGGCCGCUAAGCACCUUGAGUUGCGUAAAAUGAAUCAGCAAAGAAAACGAAAUAAAAUGGUACUGAACGUUUCGAGCAAAAUGAUUGCUCAAGAAGAGGAAAAGGAGGAGAAUGUGCGUCAUAAAAGUGGUUCAGUUAUUGCUGUAGGAGCCGAAGUAAAACCUAAAGAAGUAUCAGAAGAGCAGGAAUCAACAUCUCUUGAUGGUAAGAUCAAAGUUAUCUUUGAUGAAAGUGAUGCUUCAGCAGAAGAAGGUGAUUUCAAACCCAUAAAAUUGAAGAAAAGAAAAACGAGAAAUGAUCCUGGUAGUAACAGAAGAAAAAAGCUUAUUUUGCCGGACCGAAUGGUAAAGGUAGACCUUCAAGAAGACGAUACUAGUACGACUUACAUCGAUGAUUUUGAAGAAAAUAUCAUAAAACCAAAGAAGAAACUUGUUGAAAGAAAAUCUGCAGAUGAACUUGCAAUCGAGAUAAGAAAAGAGUCUUUGGAAAAUGAACAACGCAAAAGAGAGAUUUCUAGAUUACAUAAUAUUUCAUCACAGCUAAUAUUGGACGAGAGAGCUGACUUCUUUAAUUCAUUAUCUUCCAAUGUAUUGGAGGGUACACAAGUUGCUCCAGAAACUUUUGCAGAUCAUAUAGGUAAGAAUACGACAGGACACGCUUUUGCUACAGUAGAACUUCCUGACAAUCUCAACAAUAAAAGAGUAGAUAACGAUAUCGUCGAUCAUAGUAAAUCAUCGUCGGUAAAUUUUUACGGUGGUAUAGCUUCUACGUUGCAAUUUCUACAAGGUCAGAGCAUUUUCCCUGAAAGUCGAAGUUCGCAGACAAAUACAGAAAUAGCUGAUGAUUUCUUGGCACAUAAGCACAAUAUUGCAGCAAAAGAAACACGUAAACGUAUGCUGGAAAAAGGAUUGAGUAACGUCAGGAAUAAAUAUUCCAAGAAUGAAUCAAAGACAUCCCAGGAUCGUGAAGAACAGAAGAUGCAACAGAGUCUCAACGAAGUACAGGAUGAACUGCUGGAGGAUUACAAUCCUAAGAUUAAUUUGGUGUAUAAGGAUAAUCGUGGGAAUGAAUUAACUACUAAAGAAGCAUAUAAAAAGUUAUCCCAAAAAUUCCACGGUACACGGUCAAAUAAGAAAAAACUAGCGAAGUUUCAAGCUAAAGUUCAGGCCAGAAACAGGAUACAGAGUCUGCAGUACGUUUUCAACCCCGAGGAAGAAUGA